GUGAAAGGGCAUAGAAAAAGGCCGUAAAAGAUCCAGACUACAUAUAUACAUGUGAAUCCCAAAAUGUAUGGAAGCAAAAGCAGUGAGGCAUUAUAGAGAAGGUAAUGGUAGUGUAAUUGUAUACCUGAUACAGAUGGUAUAUGAGCUUUGAAAUGAGAAAGAUGCAGAGAAGUGAAGUGAGAACAUGGAGGUGGGGUUAAAGAAAAGGCAAGUGGGUGGAUUCCAACAUUCCACCAUGAAUGGUGGGCUGCAGAAUUCUCCAACAUAUUAGCCUCUUUCCUUGACUGGUUGACAAAGGAAGAAGUCGAAAGGGAAGGAGUCUGCCCCAAAUGUUGAGAUAAGAAUCAACUCAAUGGAGAAGAAAAAUAAUGCUACUGCUGAAGGUCAGUUGGAUUUCAAUGCCCCUCUAAUGUCUGUGAGAAGGAUUUCUGGCUCCCCAACAGAGAAUGAAAAGGUAGAUAGUAAGGUAAAUGGUGGAUCAGAUUCAAGCAGCAAAUCGAUUCUUCCUGUGUACAGGUCAGAUUUAAAGUCAGGCCCUCUGAGGGACCCUGGAACUGUGCCAUUUGUGUGGGAGCAAACUCCAGGGAGGCCCAAGGAUGAACAAAAGGUGAAAGCUAAUUAUAAUUGCCCUUCUCCUCGAGCACCCAGGCUUCCCCCAGGGAGGAUUUUGUCUGCUAAACAAGCAAAUAUCGAGACACCGGAACCACCAAAGGUAAAAUCUGAUAAUGAGCAAAGAAACGGACUUCCCAGCAAGCACACAAACAGGGCUUCAUCAAAGAUUUCUGCCAACUCCAAUGAUACAUUGGCUUCAAGAAGGCUCGGUCAAAGCAAACCCUGUGUUCCUGAGGAUGAUUUAGACUCUGAAGGCUGCGAUGAUUUCUCAGAUGCAGUGGAAACUCUCUCACAAACUGAAUCUUCUGCUGUUGCCUACUGUGUCAGUAUGGUGAGUGGCAUGGAGGGUUACGAUCUGAGGUCAACAGGGCGAUCUGUUGAUCCUCAGACUCGUAAUUUUAUGAUGGACCGCUUUCUCCCUGCUGCAAAAGCAAUGGCAUCUGAGUCACCGCAACAAAGCUCGAGAAGGGUGCCAACAAAGCCUAUCACCAGUGGGAGAGAAAGCAGGGGACCUUCCCCAUUACAGUCCAGGCCAUACCCAAGGAAACACCAGAGUAAAGAGAAAGAGCCUGAUGAUAUUGCAGUUUUUUCUUCCAAGGCAUGUGGGUUAUUCCCCCGGCGCCUCAGAAGUGCUUUCAGCAAUUCAAGCCCCAUUACACAACUGAGUCGGAUGAAGAAGAAGCAUUUUUCUUUGUCACCUGCUUUAAACAGACGCAAUUCACGCGGCAAUUUGAGUGAUGGAGACCCCUUGAGUGACAGUGAUGGCGAGACCUGGGAAGCGUUAUAUAGGCAAAAACUGGAGAACGGGAGUAAAUCUACUUGUUACCUACGGAAGGGAAAUGAAACACGAGCAUUUUCUGCAAGUGCUUCCCCUGAUAUGGGUAUAAUGAGCAGAAUUUCAUGCGGAAGUGAUUCUCAAACUUUUAACAAAUUUGGAACACCAACAUCAGGUGGAAUAUCUCCUUACCGGAACGAGCCAUUCCGGUCUCCAUUCAGUGAAGGCACAGGGUUUCUAGGUUUCCCUAAAGCAGAUAAAGAAGAUAGCAUGCCUGGCGUGGAAUCAAGGAGGAUGUCCUGCAAUUCUCUUAAUGAUAUGGGACCAGAAGAAGAUCUGUGCUUUUGGAAGAGCCCACCUCUUUUGGGGAAUACUACCAGAGCUGGAUCUGUUAGUCCAACCAUUGAAAAAACUGUAUAUGUUGACUAUGUACACAAGACAAGAUCCCCAGUGGUGAAGCCUGGGUAUUUAAACCAUAAUGAGCUGGUGAAAGGAAGUGAAUCAGAUUUUGAUGUUAGAGUACCUGAUACACAGAAUAAACCAAAACAUGAUGUUUCAGAUAGCUAUCUUGUAGAUUCUAUGAAGAUGUUGGAGGUAGCUAAUGUGAGUGACAGUCUGAAAUCCAAAAAGCUUGAUCAGUCUCCUAGUGUGGUGGCUGAUCAGCCAUAUUGUUCAGAUCAAACUGUUUGCGUAAGUAAUGAAUCUGACAACAAAGAACAAAGCAUUGUGUUGGUAGGAAAAAUCCAAGACAUUCAGGUGAAGGAAGGCUGGCCUUUGGGCAUCGCCAACAAGUGCAAGGAGGUGUCAGAUGAAAAAAAAGCUCUGGUUCCUGUCAAUGUGAAACCUGAAAGUACUGUUUCUGUUACCGGUUUGGCACCCCCACUGCAACCUCCACUACCCAAGUCUCCUUCUGAAUCAUGGCUUUGGCGCGCCAUGCCUCGGACUCCCUCUCCAAAUUCACCAUCACAACGGUAUUCAAGACUUGGAAGUCCUCUCCGAAAGCAGCAACAAGGCUCUAAAGCAUCCAUUGCUGAUCCAAAGUGGGAGACCAUUGUGAAGUCAGCUUAUACACAACCAGGUCAUUUGCGGUUUUCAGAGGAGUUCAAUUACAAGGCAACUCCUGGCAGUUUCCGCAGAGAGGGAUCCUAAUCGUGAGCUCCUGAUUCAUUAUUCACAGGCAGGUAUAGGCGGAUUGCUAUUAAGAUCACUAUUCUGAUGUCCAUGAACACCAAAAUAGCUGAUAUUUUUAGAGUGAGGAGUGAAUUACUUAGUUUUUAAUAGGAAGAAAGGUCUAGCUAGAACUGUAAGUUUUUAACUAAUAAAGUUAUAUCCACAAUGAGAAUCUGGCAAAUUUGUUUUCAUACUCUGAACAUUUAAUAACUUGGUGUAGCCAUUAUCAGAGUAGAUCAUAUAUGACUAAGCAUGUCUUUUUAGUGAGGUUUUGUAAAGGAAAAUGCUUAUUCUUUGGAACAAAGCUCUAAUAACUGUUCCAUGGCAUUCUCUACUCUGAGCAUCCUUCACAGAGAAAGCUAUCUGCUGUGGGAAGAGCGUUUGAUGUAGAUCUCAAAUAUUUAUUAAUUUUUAGUAUACUAA